CCUCUCAAUCCAACUCUUUUAUUUCUCUAAUCCUCCACUUCAAACUCCCACCUACUUUCAUUUCUUUGCUGUUUCAUAAAUGGCUUCCACUGCCUUUUGUCUAAGCACUGCUCCAAUCCUCCCUGCUGCCCCUUCCUUUCCAAUUCCUCGUUGCCAUCCUACACCAUCCAAGUGUUUGCCUCUCGUAUCGCAAGUAAAUAGAAACAGAAAUGUAAUGUUCACUCAGUCUUAUGCUGUGAAAAAUGAGGUCAGUGUAGCUGAUGAUGGAGGAGAUGUGGAAGUGGAAGAGUUGGAGAAGACUGGAGAAACAUUAAUGUACUCCUUCACUCCUUUGCCUUUGCUACUUGUGGCUACUCUUCCCGGAGCUGGGACUGUGAGGUCUCUAUUUGGUCCCUUUGUUGAGCUAGUGAAAUCGUGGAAUCUUCCUGACUGGCUUGUGCAUUGGGGGCACCCUGGCAACAUGGCAGUAGUGCUUUUCGCCAUGGGAGGGUAUGGAACUUAUCUAGGCUUCCGAAUUCGCUAUUCCGAUGACGUGGAGGAAAAGGCCAAGGCUAAAGAUUUGCACCCAAAGCUUCUAGGUGGUAUGUUUUUCUUUUUUGCUUUAGGAGCAACAGGUGGAAUAACAUCUCUUUCAACUUCAGAUAAACCCAUCUUUGAAAGUCCACAUGCUGUUACAGGUUUCAUUGGUCUUACUCUCUUGACAAUUCAAGCCAUUUUGCCAACAUUGUUUGAGGGAAGCCCUGGAUUAAGAAACGUGCAUGGGAUUUUAGGUAGUGGGAUAAUGGCUCUGUUUCUUAUCCAUGCCACACUUGGACUUCAACUUGGCCUUAGUUACUGACUCGUACAUACAUACAUAUAUCCUUGAUUUCUUAUAUGGAUAUAAACAUUCCAUGGAUCUCAGCUUUUAUGUUUUUGGGAAGAUGCAUUGUAAAAUGAGUUGAGAUGCUGUGUUUGAGUAGCUUUUUGUUCUGCAUAAUGGUUAAAAUAUAACCAGGUUUUUAAACUAUUUUGCUUUUGUUUAAAAAAACCCUUUACGUUUAA